AUGUCAGAAUUUAUUGAAUCUGUCGAGACGCUGAACUUAGCAGCUAGCUAGCUCUGCCCCAACAAAAAGGGCUCCGCUCGCGGGCCAAAGAUGAAAUUUGGCAAGACCUUUGAGACGCAUCUCACCAUCGAAUGGCGACAGCAGUAUAUGCGAUAUACGGAUUUAAAGACACUCAUAAGGCGGGGCGUGGAUGGAGCUCCAACGGAAAGUGAGACAACGCCGGACCAGUUGCUGGAAUAUUAUGCAAGCUUUGAGGAGCAUUUCUUUGCCGAGUGCCAGCACGAGUUGACACGCGUUAACAACUUCUUUCUGGAGAAGAUGGCCGAGGCGAGGCGCAAGCAUGGUACACUCAAGCUGCAGCUGCUGGCCACAGCACAUGCCACAGGUCAUGUGUCUCGUUCCCAUACUCGUAGUCAGAAUCAGAGUCGGAGUCACUCGCAGUUGCCAUCGCCGAGAGCGUCGGUGGUCAGCAUGCCGAGCACGUCGAGCAAUCGCAAGCUGAUGACACAGCGGCAGCUGCGCAGUGCGUACACCGAGUUCUACUUGACGCUGGUGCUGCUCCAGAACUUUCAGUCGCUCAACGAGACGGGAUUCCGAAAGAUCUGCAAGAAGUACGACAAGUAUUUGAAGUCCAAUCAUGGCGCCCUCUGGCUGGAGCGACAUCUCACCUACAUUGCCUUCGUCGAUCGUCGGCCACUGCAGCAAAUGACCAUCGAGGUGGAGGAGCUCUACACGCACUAUCUGGCUGCCGGAGAUCGGGCCAAAGCGAUGACAAAGCUCCGAGUGCCGCCACUCGGUGAACCGACGCCGCCUCCGAUGGUUUUUCGGGCUGGUCUCGCUUUGGGCAUGUUCAUCAUGCUGGCGCUGGCGGCGUUGUUCAGCUAUCUCCGCAGGCCACCGAUCACGGACAACAUCGAGGCUUUCAUGCGCCUCUAUCGCGGCCCCUUCACCUGGGUCAUCUUCAACUUCUUCAUGGCCGCUAACGUGGCCGGCUGGCAGCGAGCUGGCGUCAAUCAUGUGCUCAUCUUCGAGAUCGAUCCGCGCAGCCAUCUGCAACCGGCGACGUUUCUGGAGAUCGCCUGCACCUUCGGCAUGCUGUGGACACUCUCGAUGCUCGGCUUUCUCUUCCACGAUCUGAUCAACGUGACGGAUCCGUUUGUCUUUCCGCUAGCGCUCACACUAAUCAUGAUCACGCUGUUGAUCAAUCCGCUGCCGAUCAUGAACUGGCCCGCCCGCUGGUGGACGAUGCGCCUUGUGGGUCGCGUGAUCACCGCUCCGCUGCACUACGUGGGAUUCGCUGACUUCUGGAUGGGGGAUCAGAUGAACUCGCUGGUCACGUGCAUGGCCGACUACUACUACAUUGUGCGCUUCUAUGCUGUCUGCUGGCUGCGCUACAGCAACGUGAACUCCUGCUUCGAUGAGGACAUGUUUGUGCCGAUCUCCCGCUGUCUGCCCGCCUGGUUCCGCUUUGCGCAGUGUCUGCGUCGCUUCUCGGACAGCGGAUCGAAGUCGCUGAGCUAUCUACUGAAUGCGGGCAAAUACUCGACCACGUUCUUUGUGGUCUUCUUCUCGACGAUGCGCGGACGCACCGAUGUCUCUUGCAGAUGGCUAUGCGAAUACGUUUUACAAUCCCUACACGUGGUUCUUCAUCACCAGCUACAUCGUGUCGAGCGUGUACAGCUAUCUGUGGGAUGUGUUCAAGGACUUUGGCAUCUUUCAGAUCUGGCGGGGCGAGCAUUUGUUCCUCCGGGAGAAGCUCGUCUAUCCGCAGUCCUUCUACUACUUUGUCAUCCUCGAGAAUCUCGUGCUGCGUCUCUUCUGGGUCAUCGAGUUCGUUGUGCUUUACCACAAGCUGAUCACGCCCUACAAUAUCAAGACCUGCGCCAGCAUCCUGGAGAUAACGCGCUUAGUCGCUUCAUCUGGAACUACAUUCGGCUGGAGAACGAGCAUCUGAACAACUGCGGACACUUUCGGGCCACGCGAGACAUUCACCUGGCUGCCCUCAAUCCGACGCAGGAACGCAUGCUGGAGCAUAUGAUGACGGACCCAGAGCGGAGGCCAGAUGAACGCCAGAGACUGGGCAAACAAUACUUCUAGUCAAGAUGAAGCACGUGCCAAGGAGUCAUCGGACAUCAGCUGCCAUUUAGGUUUUAUCUGUUGCUUUUUGUGAGUUGUUGUUGUUGCCUGUUGCCUGUUGUUGAUUGCCCAGUUGCCCGUUAAUGUUAAUGGCCCUCCGUCAUCGUUGUGUGUUGUCAUUUAAGCCGCUUCUUUAAUUAAUUCAUUUGUGCAGAAAAAUAAAACGAACGCCAAGCGCAAGGGAAAGAGCUGAGCUUACCUGCAGCAGGAGGCGAACAACUCGACUCGAACUCAA